GUGUGUGUGUCAUCUCUUCAUGUGGCCCAGGGCCGUUAGAAACCGUCAGUCCAGCUCCCGGGUCUGUUCCUGCGACGGCUGUAGUUGUCCAGUGUAGGAAGCGGGCAUGGCAGCGGGCACAGCAGCACUAGCGCUGCUCGGCAUCAUACUGUCUCUGCCAAGAGGUGAAACUGCAAGACCCUCAGCUCGGGAGACGAGCUUCCUGAAGUCUCUGGACCCCCAAGACCUUGAAUAUUACUUUGGCACCAUUUCUGCUGAUUCAGUGCCUGAGUUUGAGCUGCUCUGGACAGACUGUCUUUGGGAUGAGGUGUCGGCCGGGCCCAGGCUGCCCAGACGCUGUUCCCUCCACACCCAGAGCGAGAGCCUCCAGCUGGGCCGCAGUGAGAGGGAAGGGUCCCUGUCUGGCCCCAAUGUGGUGGAGACGGCUCUGAACUCUACCGUAAGCACCGUGAGGAGGAGCCAGGAGGGGGGCUGUGAGACUCUGGAGGUGCUGGGCCCCCCCUACGCCAGAGCUGUCCUCUCCCUCUGCAGGGGGUACAUGCACGGUGUGAUUGUGCGUGAGGGAAAGAGGAUCCACAUCCGGCCACUGCUUCAGAGGCACCUCCCCCUGGCACCAGCUGACAAGCCUCCACACGGCCUGGCCCUCAUGGGAGUCCACCAUCAGCAGCAGCCUGCUGGGCCUGGAGCAGCUACCGACCCUUCACCGGAAGCAGCCCUAAUCGGACACCAGCAGCGUUCCUCUGGGCCUGCGCUUCCCACACACACAGGAUACAGCAGGAGGCAGCGGCGGUCUGCUCUGAGCUCAGAGGUGUCUCAUCUGGAGCUACUGGUGGUGGUUGGGCCUGAUGUCCAGCAGGUGCACCGUCAGGACACAGAGCGCUACAUCCUCACCAACCUCAACAUCGCUUCAGAGCUCCUGAGGGACGCCACUCUGGGAGCUAAUCUAAGAGUUCAUCUGGUCCGCAUGAUCAUCCUCACUGAGCCUGAGCCUGAGAUCCAGAUGACCACCAACAUCUCCUCUUCUCUGCGGAGUGUGUGUCAGUGGAGUCAUAAGGUCAACCCAGCCAACGACACAGACCCUCUACAUGCAGACCUUCUGCUCUACAUCACGCGGUUUGACCUGGUUCUACCCGAUGGGAACAAGCUGGUGAGGGGCGUGACACAGUUGGGUGGAGUCUGCACCAGCCAAUGGAGUUGUGUCAUCACAGAGGACACUGGGUUUGAUCUGGGCGUAACCAUAGCGCAUGAGAUUGGCCACAGCUUUAACAUUAAUCACGAUGGGAUAGGCAAUACCUGCAGCAGCAGUGGCUUCAUGAUGGCGUCUGAUGGAGGUUAUAACAGCGUGGACCUCACCUGGUCUCAGUGCAGUAGAGCGCAACUGCAGAGCUUCUUCAGUGCAGGGAAGGCGGACUGUGUGGCAGACCUGCCGGUGAUGGGGGGCUCUCUUCAGGACUGGAAGCCGGGUCUGUACUACGGGGUGGACGACCAGUGCAGGAUCGCCUUCGGCCGCUCCGCCAGGGCCUGCACAUUCACAGCCAAUGACAUGACGGCGUGUCGGGUGCUGUCCUGCCACACGGCGCCCGGAGACCAGACGUCCUGCACACGCCUGCUGGUGCCCCUGCUGGAUGGCACAGAGUGUGCCCCCGACCAGUGGUGCCUGAAGGGGCGCUGUGUGUCUCCGUCCACCCUGAGCGGCUCCAUGGUGGUGCACGGCUCCUGGUCCAGCUGGCCCCAGUUCUCCCCGUGCUCUCGCACCUGUGGAGGCGGCGUCUCCUUCAGGAAACGCCAGUGUAACAACCCCAGACCUGCGUUUGGAGGAAGAGUGUGUGAAGGGGUGGACACUGAAGCUGAACUUUGUCAUCGCCAGCCGUGUGUCUCUACCCAGCUGGACUUCAUGGCUCAGCAGUGCUCCCAGACGGACCACCAGCCCCUUCACCUCUCCCCUGGACAGGCCCUGCACUACACCUGGGUCCCUGCUGUGGGCCACGUCACAGGUCAUACGCAGUGUAAGCUCAUGUGUCGGUCUGAGGGGGAGGACUUCAUGGUGAGCCGGGGGUCAAAGUUCAUCGAUGGGACGCGCUGUGAAGCUGACUGGGCGGUGGAUCCAGGGACUGUCACUGCCUGUCUGGAAGGGUUGUGUGAGGAGUUUGGCUGUGAUGGAGUGUUGCACUCUGGGAAGGUGGAGGACAUGUGUGGGGUGUGUGGAGGGGAUGGGUCCACCUGUCACCUCACCUCUCUCUCUUAUGAGGGAGGAGAGACCAGAGAUUACGUCACAUUCCUGACUGUGCCCAUCAACGCCACACAGGUCCGCAUCCUCAACUCCAGACCAAUCUUCACACACCUGGCUGUGUUGGUGGGGCACCAGUAUGUGGUGUCUGGGAGGGGCGAUAUCGCCCUCAACACCACCUACCCCUCCCCCCUGGAGGACGAGCACCUGACGUACCACCUGUACCUCACGCCAGACCUCCUGCCCCGCAUGGAGGAGAUUACCCUACCGGGACCAGUGCAGGAAAACACACACAUACAGGUUUAUCGUAAGUAUGGCAAGGAGUAUGGAAAGCAGACGGACCCCAGCAUCACCUACCAGUACUACAUACCUGACAGUGCUGGGGAGGACACACCUCGGGGCCACUGGUCAGCCGUCACCGGCCCCUGCACAGUCACCUGUGGGACAGGCACCCAGCAGGCCGUGUCUGUGUGCGUGGAGGAGGGCAGUCAGGAGCAGCUGGACGAGGCCUUCUGUGAGACGUCUGACAGGAUGCCAACCGUACAGAGGGAGUGCAGCAUGCCAGCAUGCCCACCCAGCUGGAAGGAGGGUGAGUUUGGGCCCUGCAGCGCCUCCUGUGGCGGAGGAGUGCAGGUGCGGGAACUGAGUUGUGUGCAGACUCGGGGCCAAGAGCAGGUGGAGGUGCCAGCCUCUCUGUGCCCUCAGGACUCCGUGCCCGUGGCAGUGGGCACCUGUGCCACCCAACCCUGCCCUGCCAGGUGGCAAGUCUCUGACCCGGGUGUGUGUUCUGCCGUGUGUGGGCCCGGCGAGGCCCAGCAGAACGUGACGUGUGUGCAGGUCCAGCAGGGCCAGGAGUCCGAGGUGGAACCCAGUCUGUGCCCAGAGCCGCAGCCCCCAGACUCGGUGCCCUGUGUGGUGGACGUGUGUCCCAUCGGCUGGGAGAGCAUGGCCAAGCAGGAUCAUCAGACUCCUCCAGUGGUUCUGGCCCGCUCAAAGGCAGUCCCUGUGUACGUAUGGAGCCCUGUGAUUGGUCACUGUUCCAGCAGCUGUGGGAACGGUACACUGCAGGUGUGGUACACCUGUGUGGAUCACCAGUCACGGUUUGGGGUGCCGGAGUUCCACUGUGACCCCUCCAGCAAACCCGAACCCCACACUGAGCCCUGCAACCCCACGCCUUGCCCCCCCGUCAGGUGGCGCUACAUGGAGGGUGUGUGCAGUGUGACGUGCGGCGCUGGGAUGGCCCGUAGGGUGCUGUACUGCGCCAGGAGCACAGAGGGCACUGAGAGGGAGGAGGUGGUCAGCGACGCAGAGUGCCUGUCCAUACCCAGACCAGUGGACAUGGUGGAGUGCAACACUGAACCCUGUCCUGCCAGAUGGAAGGUUCUGACGGGGGGGGUUUGCUCUGCGUCCUGCGGUCUGGGUGUGUUGGAGAGGAGUGUGUCGUGUGUGCAGUUUGAGCGGGGGCAGGAGCAGAGCGUACCUGAGGACAGGUGCGCCCAGGUGAAGAAGCCCCCCAGCCUCGUGCCCUGCAGAGUACAGCUGUGCACCUUCAGAUGGGACAUGCGUGAGUGGAGCAAGUGCUCGGUGCCGUGUGGUUAUGGGAUCCGGAUGCGACCCGUUUCCUGUGUGGGCCCGUCCCACCCCGACCCGGUCAGCCCCCUGCUCUGCAUGCACAUCCCCAAACCCAUCACCAUCCAGGCCUGCAACGCCGGCGACUGCGGCACCCACACACACACACACCCCACACACCCCACACACACACACACGACGGGCCAGGUCCCCAGCCAGGACUCAGAAGAGGAGGCAAACCCAGACCUGAUGCCUCUGACAUCACCGACCCCCACGCACCUCUCCAUCAGCCCAACCGCCCCGCAGGCCGCCAUCACCACGGCAAUGCCAACCCCGCCCUCUCAAAACAAUCUGUGUGGACAGCUUCUUCUCCAACCAUCCGGAACCAUAGACCUGAGAAACGUAACUCAGAGGAGAUGCAUCGUUGCUAUUGGUCGACCACUGGAUGAAGUCAUCAACAUUAAAUUUGAGUCCAGCACUCUGGACUGCAAGGCCAAGGAGUAUGUGGCCUUCUACGACCGGCUCAUUCUGAUCAGGAAGUGCGAGAGGAUGGUGGGCAAAGAGCUGACAUCACGCACCAACGUCCUACUCGUGAGGCAGGGCCGUAUCACCCCCGGCAAUGGAGUGAUGCUCACCUACAGCAGCAGGAAGAACCCGAAGACGAGCCACCAGCAGGACUGUGAUGUCCAGUUAUUCGCCCCCACUGGUGUGAUUGAGAACCCAACUAAAGGCUCCUCCUCCGAGGCUCAGACCUGCAGGGUCUUCCUCAAUGCUCCGCCCUCCCUCCAGAUCAAAAUACAGGCCUUCAGCAUGUUCAACACCACUUCCACACACACCACAUAUGUGCUGAUUCGAGACGUGGACACGCUAAAGACCACGGUGUUCACGGGCCACCAGCUCUUCUUGUGGAGCUCCAGUGGCAGCCGGGCGGAGGUGGAGUUCCACGGGCAGUACCAGCACAUCAAGGGCUCCUUCCACGCACAGUACUCCUUCAUUAGGCCCUGACCUCUGACCUCUUGAAGCCUCCACAUGUUGGAAACGUGAAGUGUUUUAGUCCACGGGAAACCUGAAGUGUUUUACUCCACGGGCUGAUGACGUCGUGAUAUACAGUGUGUUGCAUUCAAAGACAGAACCACUGUGGUAUAGCUUUUUCAAUAUAAAAAAAACAAAACAUAUUUUCAUUGUUUUUAAUGUUUAUUUUAAAGUGAUACAAAUGUUUUUUAUUUCAGACUGAACGUAGUUACUGAAUCCAGCAACUCUGGAAGCCCUGAUAUGACAAAACUAGCAAAGGCACAAGGGGGUUUAUACUGACAUGACCUCUAAAGGAGGUUUGGGCAUAGAUAGGAGCACUUGGUCGACUGUAUAGUCAAAGACUAUGCAGUUAACAUAACAUGGUAAACAGCAGCAAACUCCAAACCAAACACUGUAAAUAGCAUUCUUAAGACACAAACACAAAGACUUUAAAUAUGUUCAAGCACAACAAAGAGUGUUGUUUCAUAACACACGAGGAGUUUUGUUUUGUCUUUUUAAAUAAACGACUUGAGUGGCUGGA